ACUUGCAAGCUAUGGCUGCAGCGGCUGCGGCGUUCACGGCCGCUCUCUGGGCACUAGCCUCAAAUCUCUACAAGCGCGCAUUAGGAAUAUGGAUGGACCACGGUCUGAGCUAUCUGCUGCGCUACUUGUUGGCCCUGAUGCACCUUACGUACCUGCUGCGCAGAAAAGGCCGACGGUUCGUCUACUUACAGCCUGAAAAGUACAAUGACCCCAUCAAUGGCGGGGCUCUUUGCACGCCGGUGGAGUGGUUGAAAGAAUGUCCGCAGCCAAAACAGCACCUGGAAAAGGGCCAUGAUGAGGUCCUCUUCUGGGGCGUCAACACAGAAGGUGACCGUCUCAUCUUGAGUGUCACUCGCUUCCAAGAUCACGUGGCCGAGCUCUGGCUUGCCCUGUACACUCGCGAUGGAAAACAGUACAAGCUGCCAGCGGAGGUCACCCUUGACCGCAGUUCGGGAAGCUGCUUCUCGGCCGCCGGUCUCAAGCUCCAGUGCUUGGCUCCAAACCGCCGAUGGCGAGUUGCCUUUAAUGGGCUGCUCAGGAGCCUGCCUGAUUCUACAAGCGCGAAACCGGAGGAAUCGGAAGUUCACGUGAAGAUUGGUCUACUGUGGUGUUCCCUAUCACACACGUUGGAGCAGCCAGCAGAGCUGGCACCGCCUAUGUUGGCAGAAAGUCUUGCUGAAGAAUCAGCGCUUCCCAUGCUGCGGGAUGUUGACAGGCUGGCGAGUGAAAUGGAUUCUUACGAUCAAGCUGGUAUGUUCUCUGGUGAGGUCAUAGUGGACGGCGAGCAGAGAGAGUUGUUCCUCUGGGGACACAAAAUCAGGAAUCAAGGUCGUAUGUCUCACGGCAUUUAUACGGAGGAGCACCACGUCGGUUUUCUGGAGAAUGGAGACGUGUAUCACUUGGCUCGCACGAGUGCUUAUGGAGGAAAAAAAGGCAUCUACUAUGGAUCAGUUUAUGCUCCUGCAAGUGUGAUGCGGCCCAUCGACCACGCUAUCGUAAGAGGUGACCACGAUGUGCACGCUCAGCGCAGUCAUCUGCACCUUCGUUGCGGUGAGCUUCCUCUACAUGUCGACGCAAAAGCUGUGGCUCCUGAAAUGGUUUUCCAGUCCGAAGGCAGCUCUACCGACGGCCACGUCACUGCUGUGGAUCUAAAAUGUCAGGAAAACAUUGGAUCUGGAUUUACAUUUACAGUCAAAAGGUCACAGCAAAACAGUCGAACCAUUCCAAGCUACUUGAAACACAAGAUUACCGAAGGGCUCCAGCUGCCUCAUAUGUCUCGCCUUGUGUCAGAUAUCCGGGACCCGUGUAGCAAGGAGCCAGACUUGACGGGAGGCAAGGGUUCGUCGCUAGCGGUGCUGGACUCCAUUGCUAGAGAAACGAAAACGUUUUCAGUUCCUCGUGGAUUUAUUGUCACAACGAAGGCUUACACGCGUUUUUCUUCAAAUGUUGAGUUUGGAAAAGUGUUACGCAGAAUGGAGAAUGCCAUGGCCAGAGACGACUGGCAGGCAUCGCUGAAAGAAGUUUGCUCCGAGUCGACGAAUGAUCUCCAGAAGAUAAACGUACCUGGAGAUGUCGAAAAGGCAAUCUGUGACCAUCUUUCCAAGUUUGACGAAGACACAAUAUUUGCUGUCAGAUCUUCGGCAUUAGGUGAAGACUCUGAGGACAUGUCAGCCGCAGGCCAGAUGAUAACACUGCUUGGAGUUCGAGGCCAAGAAAACGUGAUCAGCGCGGUGGUCAAAUGCUGGGCAUCGCAGUUCAGCUUCACAAAUGUCAAUUAUAAGAGACAUUACGGGCAGCCUUUGGACGUGCCGAUGGCAGUUGUAGUGCAAGAGCUCGUUUCUCCCGACGCCGCCGGAGUGAUGUUUACGUGCGAUCCACUUACGGGAAACCCAGGCGUCAUCACGGUGACCGCCAACUACGGUAUCGGCGAGUCAGUGGUCUCGGCAUCGGUGGAGCCAGAUACUUUUGUGCUGAGGAAAAGAGGUUCCCAAGAGCCCACCAUCGAGUCAAGUCAAAUAGGCAACAAGUCCGUCUUCACAAUUCCAUCAGAAAACGAUGGUGUGGCUACCGUGUCGCUGAGUGCGGAAAAAUCCCAGCAGGCCUGCAUGUCAGAGGAGGACGUCAAGACAUUGGCAACUAUUGGCUCUCAGAUUGAGAAGACGUACACAACACCACAAGACAUGGAGUGGGCGUUCAGAAACGGAAAGUUCUUUUUGCUUCAGAGCCGUCCCGUGACAACAUUCCUCAGGGAGAGUGACUGCGAGAUGGUGCACGAAUUCGACGAAGGUGUUAAGUCAGCGAAAGAAAUCUUGACCAAGGCUAAUGUUUCAGAAGUGAUGCCAGGAGCAACGAGCCCCCUCGCUAUAUCGUUGCUACGAUGUGGCUUCGAGAUAAACUGCAAGGACACUGUCGUGCGCUUUAUGUACGCCUGCGACCCCGACCCAUCACAGUACGUCACAAUGUGGUGGCCAAUACAUCGCUACAACUAUUUCCUUUGGUUGUCUGACGGCACACGAAAGACGGGACCAGAUGCAAACAUGAUGGAGAAAUCAUUGAUGUACAGCGCAUUGGGGCGUGACGCGAGUGAAGAAGUCGAAACAUGUGUGAAGCGUUCGAGAAAAAUUACAGGCUGGAAGCUGCUAGUGCAGUUUUAUUACAUCGCAAAGACAAUGUUCACUGUCAGCCAUGGCGUUGAAAGUACAUCCAGAAAAACAGCUGAGCUAUGCCUCACAGUGGAUGAAAUGGCAACGGCGGCGCAGAUAUACGACUACAUGGGGCGGAGUUUGCAUCAUCUCUUGGAGCCGGCAAUUCUUCUAAUAAAGGUUUCCCUGUCAUCCUCUUUCUACAAUGCAAUGAUCCUUCGUAUUCUGAGCGCCGCCAAAGGAGCGCUUGACGCCGAAGUGUUCAGUGAGUUGUGUCAGAUUUUGAGAGGCGCCGAGGCGGAGAGUGCCACUGUGCCUCGAAUGAUACAGGAACUAGGUCGUGCGCUGCGGGAGUCUCCUGAAAAAGAGAAGUUCCUCAACAUGGCAACAGAGGAGGCGUGUCAGUGGCUGUCAACUGUCGAAAAUGAAUGCGGAAAGAAGUACCGGGAGUUCAUCAAGAAGCAUGGUCAUCGGACUGUUAAAGAGUUAGAUGUGUAUAUCCAGCCCUGGGCUCUGGAUCCUACGUCGCUGGUAAAGUCUCUGAAGGCUGCUGCAGCGGCUCCUGUAGUUGAGCAGAAAGCAUCGUCUCCUCCCUGGGAUACUUCCAAGGUGCCAUUCAAGCUAUCGAUGUUUCAGAGGGCGUUGUUGAAGCUGGUGGCACCUAGGGCGCGAGCAGCUGUGGAAGCGCGCGAAGCGGCAAAGUCUUCAGCAGUCCGUGUGGUCCACCAACUACGACUGCUGUGCCAUCAACUGUCACAGCGCAUGGUGAAAGAGGGUAGACUACCUUCUCCCGAGCUUCUGUUCUUCCUGACCUAUGAAGAGAUCGGUGUCCUUCUCAAGACAAGAUCACCGGAGCUUGUUCUCAAGGCUCAGCGGCGCCAGAAAAUCCACGCGGAGGCCGACAAGUGCCAGUAUGCAUCCAUCUUUGUUGGCAUACCGAAGCCGAUUGAGCGGACUAAAAGACAUGUUGAAGGCGACUUCGAAAUUAAAGGAAGUCCGAUGUCUCAGGGCACUGUUGAAGGCAGAGUUCGCGUGGCACACACGUUCGACGACGCACACCUCAUUCAGAAAGGCGAGAUACUGGUAACGACGGCUACUGACACCGGCUGGACGCCGUAUUUCCCCCUGCUGUCCGGAGUCGUGACCGAACUUGGAGGACCGCUUUCUCACGGUGCUGUCGUUGCCCGUGAAUACGGCCUUCCAUGCGUCGUUGGUGUCGAAGGCAUCACGUCAAUGCUUAACUCUGGUGACUACAUUCAGCUGGAUGGAAACAGCGGCCUUAUCGGAAGAAUUCGUGCCCCGGGCACCGAAGAUGAUGGUGGAGGCUUCUGAUUCAAGGAAAACCUGACGUCUUUUCACUGUCAGAAGGGCUUAGAGGUUCCAUGUCAAAGUGGCACUCUGACUCGCCUGCGCGCUCAUGCUUAAUACAGGGCCAGAACACGUGUCGAAACUGUAACUCAUCAACUGCUUGCUUAUAAGUGGAACUAAAGGAUAUGUUGCACGAAAA